UUUCCCUAGUCUUUCCUAAACUUGCCAGCACCGCGCGGUUUAUAGUUGAUUCUUUUUCUGAAUCAAAUCAAUUUGCCAUGACCCGUAAAGAAGAGAUAUAGCCUACGGUAAGACGAGGUUACAUACCAGAGCAGAGUAAUGGAGAACACCAUCCCUCUCAUUACAAUAAUUGGACCAUGAGGAAAAGGAAUGAUCAAGUGCUGAGAAAAUAACCUACAGAAACACUACGAUGGAUUACAGACAAAAACGAAAACUGUCUUUUCUGACUAUUGGAUUGAUAUUUCUUUUGAGUGGCGUGGAAUAUGCUGUCAUUCUGCCCACUAUAUGGAGAUAUCUGCAAUUGUUAGAGGCACCACCUUAUUUUCUUGGCUUGGGUUUAUCAGCGUUCAGCUUCAGUGGGCUGGUGUCUGGUCCAAUGUUCGGUCACUGGUCAGACAAGACCAGAACUACAAAGAACAUCAUCCUCUUCUCCAACGUGUUCGAAAUUGUGGGAAACGUCAUGUAUUUCAUGGGAUAUUCAAAAUGGCUUCUUCUGUCCAGCCGUCUUGUUGCAGGUAUUGGAGCAGGAGCUGGCUCCUCAAUUUUUGGGUUCCUCACACGUACUACUCUCCCUGAUGAGCGAGCAAGAGUCUUUGCAGCUGUCAUGGCAUGCCGUCAGGCUGGACUUCUGAUCGGUCCUGCUUUCAAUAUCUUUCUAAGGUUGUGUGAUUUCAAACUGGGUCCAUUUGUAGUAAAUAAGUACACCUCACCUGGGCUCUUCAUGUGCGGGAUGUGGGUGCUUAUGCAGUUUGCAGUAAUGGUCCUGUACUGGGACAUCCCACCACUGGACUCCUUCCCUGAGCAGCGCAUGCCCCUCAGAGAGGUCAGAGGUGAAGAAGACGAGCCUCUCAUGAAUCUGGAUGAUGAAAACAGGGAAGCAGCAGAGGACUCGUAUGGCUCGGUCGAUCCAGAACAAGCUGAGACCCGGUUCUCACCUGAACUCCCACCUUCUCCUCCGGAUUCCCCCUCUCUAGACACCUCUGACCCCUUUGAAAACUUCAGUGCCAGUCAAGAGUUUCUGAGGGAGGAGGUGGUGGUUCUCCUCACCGCUCAGUUCAUCACUCUCUUCAAUCAGACAGCACUUGAGACCAUGGUGACCCCUCUGACGCAGAAGUACUUUGGCUUCGGUGAGCUGGGGAACAGUGUGAUGUACGGCCUGUGUGGGGUGGAGGUAAUUGCAGGUUUCUUCCUGGUGCGCUGGCUGAGCCGAGUGCUGGAGGACCGGGUGGUGCUGGCGGUGGGGCUGCUCAUCUGCAGCGGGGCUUGUGUCUGGUGCCUCAUCUUUCUGGCCAAUCCACAGGGUGGUUUUGCGUUCGAGUUGACUGAGUUCAUCAUCGGAGUGUUCCUGCAGUUACUGGGACUUCCUUUCGUUGCCGUGUCUCAGGUGUCCCUCUUUUCUAAGGUUACAGCUGAGAAAACACAAGGUUUUAGUCAGGGAGUUCGGCGUUCAGUCGGGGGUCUUGCCACCAUUCUGGGUCCCCUGUGGGCCGGGGGUCUAAUAGGAAAUCUAUAUGUGAUGCUGGGUAUGAUGAUGCUCCUGCUGACCCUCAUCAUGAUCAUGAUGGUGUUGUCCUAUGAGAAGCUGGUGGAGCCGCCCAAGGUGGAGCACGCACAAGACUCCGAGAACGGAGGAUAGACGCCACCCUUCACUACACAGGGUACAGGUGAGACUCUUAAUGUUUUUGCAUGCCUCUUAAAAGCAGGACACGGAUCUAUAUUUUUAACUUUCACCUGCAUUUACCUUCGUUUAGGAUAGUUUGUGAUGCCAUCAGCCGACCAGCAUCAUCCUCAUGAUGAUGUAAUUUCCCUUCAUUUAUGGCUUGUAUUAU